CGGUAAGUAGGUGAGGUUUGGAGGCUCCUCAAACAAAAUACAGAGAUCAUCAGAGCUCUACAUGACUUCAAUAUGAAGAGAAACAUGUCCGCUAUCGGCUCCCUUCACUGUUAGUCUUCAGUAGUUCUUCCACAUUCAGUUUUUCCUCUUUUAUCGGUGAAGAGAAAACACAAGUGACUCUGCUUUCAGAGUGCACAGAGGAGCCACGAGCUGGGUUGAGUCUCCACGGUUCUCAUGGUGUGUUUAAGUGCAGCCCCCUGCUCUGAGCUCUUCAACAGUCAGACAGACUCUCUGUUACCGUGAGGACGAACACAUCAACGCUACAAAAUGGCAGAAGUAGCUCCAGCUGCAGCUCCCGCUGCGGCCAAAGUAGCCAAGAAGAAGGUGUCCAAGCCGAAGAAGACUGGUCCCAGCGUCGCUGAGCUCAUCGUUAAAGCUGUGGCCGCAUCCAAGGAGCGGAGCGGCGUGUCUGCGGCCGCCGUCAAGAAGGCUCUGGCCGCCGGAGGAUACGAUGUGGAUAAGAACAACUCCCGGGUCAAGACCGCCAUCAAGAACCUGGUGACUAAGGGGACUCUGGUCCAGACCAAGGGGACCGGGGCCUCUGGCUCCUUCAAGAUAAGCAAGACGGCUGUCGAGAAACCGGUCAAGAAAGCCGCUCCUAAAGCCAAGAAGCCCGCAGCUAAGAAACCCGCAGCGGCCAAAAAGCCCAAAGCAGCGGCAGUAAAGAAACCAGCAGUCGCUAAGAAGUCACCGAAGAAGGCCAAGAAACCCGCAGCGGCCAAGAAACCAACAAAGAGCCCCAAGAAGGCGACCAAGAGCCCCAAAAAAGUAGCAAAGAGUCCCAAGAAGGUGGUCAAAAAGGCCCCCGCACCCAAGAAAUCCCCCGCUAAGAAGGCUGCCAAGCCCAAAGCAAAGAAGGCAGCACCCAAGAAGAAGUGAGCUGUUAUCUCAACAACAAUCACUCCGAUAAAAGGCUCUUUUAAGAGCCACCCACAUCAUCUUUAAGAGCAUAUUCCUGAAAAUGUUUAUACUGAGAUUCAUAAAACAAUGUAUGGAGGAGGAAAAGUGCAUUAUAAGAUUACUUCACUAAUCACAAUCUAAACCUAUAUAGGUGAAAAGGUUAAGAAUAUUGACCUCAAACUGAAUUGAUUUACUACAUCAAUCAGUUUCAGUCCAGUUGAAAAUGAACGUGAAUGUCUGAAAGUUCAGGAUGAGAUGGAGCAGCACAAUUUGCAGCUACUCUUCACAUCUAGCCAGUGACCCUAAACAGAUGCGUACUUGGCACAAUAAAAACAGAUUUUUAGGCACCUUAUUUACAUCAUACCAAUAAGUGCAAUCGCAGUAAGUGAAACAGACCUACAUGAAUCCAUUGAUAUCAUACUGUUAUCACUUUUUUUGACAGGUUUAUUUUUUUUAAAGGCAUACAAACCAGACAACUAUUUAAUAAAUAACAUGAACUCUGA